AUGAGUGGCUUUCGGAGAAAAGCAGAGUUCGACGACGACGAAAGAACAGCAAAGCGUCGAAAAGGGCCUGAUGAGUUCUCGGAAGCUGAGCGUAAAUUACAAGAUAUCAUUGCUCGUGUAGGAGAAAAGAAUGGCAACGCCACCUUGGAAAGCAACUUAGAAAGUUUGUAUGAAGUGUUGGAGAAGCAGGGAAACAUAGAAAAAUACAAGGUUGUCAUUGCGGAUAUCGUCUUAACUUGUGUAUUAGCCAUGCCUGAGAAAAUCACGCUUUAUUCUACGUUCGUCGGUCUCUUGAACUCUAAAUAUUUCAACUUCGGCGGAGAGAUGAUCGAGAAGUUGAACUCUGAAAUAACUACGAAAAUGGUAGCCAGUAAUUAUAAUCAUGCUCUUUAUAUGAUUCUCUUCGUUUGUGAUCUCGGAAAUUCAAGAGUGUUAACAAUUGAUUCUAUCGCUGAAUUCCUGGAAGGAUUGGUUCAAGCAGCUUUUGAAGAAUCUCGGCAGGUUCGCACUGAUUGGUUCAUAUACGCUGUUCUUCAUUCGUUGCCUUUCAUCGGAAAUGAGCUAAAAGAGAAAAAGAAAGAAAACUUGGACAACAUUCUGGAAGGUUGUGAACGUUAUAUUGAAGAUAGGAAGAAGCCUUACGUUUCUUUGAUAAGUGUUUGGGAGAGUGGAACUCCGCAUGAACAGGAAGAAUAUCUUGACUGCCUAUGGAAACAAAUUAAAAACUUGGUUGCGGCUGAAUGGAAAGAAAAACACAUUCCCCGAUAUCAGACGUCGUUUGCUAAUUUAUUAUCUAAUGCUCUUCAGCACAACAUUCCUGCUUUCCAAGCUUGUGAAGACACCAAGGAAAGCGUUUAUCCAUUACCAAGAGUAGUCUUCCGUCUCUUCGAUCCUACUGACUGUCCAGAGAGUGAGGCCAGCCCAGUUCUUCCAGGAGCACAAACCAUUGAGCGUUUCUUGAUUGAGCAAGAUAUUAUUUGGAUAUUAGACAAUCGUGCUUUUGAUCGUAAAAUUUGCGCUGAAGAACUGGUGCUAUACGCGAAAGGCGUCAUAGAUGUUCCGAUGUCAUACGUAAUGUUAGAAGUAAUUUUUGGACAACUCUUUUUGCUUCCUAAUCACACACAUACAGAAGUAUUCUAUGGCUCUCUACUCAUUGAGAUGUGUAAGAUUCUACCUAACGAAAUGCCUCAAGUACUUGCUCAAUCGGCUGAGCUUCUUUAUCAGCGCUGUGAAGGCAUGCAACCUCUAUGCGUGGAUAGAUUCAUUGACUGGUUCAGUUUCCAUCUCUCCAACUUCCAAUACAAAUGGUCAUGGAGCGACUGGAGAGACUGUUUAGAGUUUGAUACCUGGAAUUCUAAGUUCAUAUUUGCCCGUGAAGUUCUGGAAAAAUGCAUGCGAUUCUCAUAUUACGAGCGCGUUUGUGAAAUUGUUCCGAAGGAUUUCGAACGCUUGCUUCCUGCAAGGCCUGAUAUUCGUUUUCUUUUGGAAGAUGAAGGACAUCCGGAUAAUUCUCUUUCCUUAAUUUUCAUGAACCGUUUUCAAAAUAAGGCAACAGAUGAAGUCAUGCUGGGCGAAAUUAGAGGAAGCGACGGCGAAUUUGAUCAACGAGCUUUCGGUGUUUUCUUUGCUGUACUUCUAAAAUUAGCUUCAAAGUCAGUUAGUCAUAACCUGGCCGCUCUCAGAAGAUACCACACAACAUUAAAAGAUGUUGCUGAUGUUUCCGAAGAUUUCCAAGAAGUCAUUCUUACAACCUUGUAUUCUUGUUGGAAGACUAAUCAUCAGAUGAUUAUUAUACUAAUUGACAAGUUGCUGAAAAUGCAAAUUCUCGAUUGUGCUGUUGUUGUCAAUUGGAUUUUCAGCGACGAUAUGAAAAUUGAGACAGAUAGACAAUGGGCUUUUGAAGUUCUGAACACUGCUUUGUGUGGAUUGUCUCGUCAUAUUAAGUAUGUGACUCGUGAUGUCGCCUUCUUAGAGAAAAAAAUUGCAAGCGCACCCAGGAAGGUAAAAGCUGAGAAUGAGGAUGGUGAUGAGCCUAUGGAAGAAGAAAAUGUGGAAGAUAAAGAUCAAGAAGAACUGUCGGCCUUAAAAGAAAAGUUGGAAAGUCUUCUAGAUUUCCAGAAAACACUUUUCUUCGACGUAAUCCAUAAAUUCAUCUUUGUUCUAACAGAACAUAUUGUGAAUAGUGAAAAGGAUGAUACUGAACUCGAAACUGCAUGGUAUUCAUGGAUGUCUGGUAGAAUGAAGCAGGUCUUCUUAAUGCAUUAUCAUGAAUUGUCGAAGAUCUCAGGAGACCUUGGUAAAGAAUUGUUUACCGAAGUUGUAGACCCUCUUCUCAUCAAGAUUUAUGAUCAAUUUCUUGCUCUAUCUUAA